AGAGAUUGAAUGCUAGUUUGUAAAACUAAUCUUCGUGAAGCUGGUACUUCAGUCAUAUAAAAGGGUUUUGACGUCAAGAAUUGUGAUAUGAUGUCAUACAUUGGUCAUGACGCUUUUUAAAAGCCUCAURGUUGCGUAGCAACCACCACUGGAGAAGAAAGAAACACCUUCUACACACUGACACAUCGUGUUUUGGACAAUACCRURCUGCAAUAUAACAAUUACCUGGACGUAAACAACAACAUGGCGAAGACAAUGUCGCAGRAUUAGUUCAAAGUUCUUUCCACAAACCAAAGAUCAGGUUAUAUUUAUUUAUCUGACAACCAAGUCAUGGUGACAACAAAUAUUUAAGUGAUAUAAAUAACUCGUUCAUCAAGCAUCGGUCAAUUAAACGUGACAAGUCAGUGAAGCAUAAUUAUUGGUUUUAACAGAUAAUCAAUAACAAUGGCUUAUUAUACUAGCACUGGUACACCAACAUGGAACAUGAAAUUGACUAAAAAACUACUAAAAUAGUACAGAGCUGAACUUUCUGAUAGAUGUAACCAAGACUCACUAUUGGACACACUUAUUGGUUUAAUAUUAUCAAUCUUUUUAGUUAAAUUCAUUUUCAUCUAACUCCCAAGAGAUCUAAAAAACGACUAAAGGCUUAAGAAAAAUCACUGGAAACACACCACGUACUAGAAUUAAUAAGCUAUAAUUUUUGAUGCGACUGAAGGUGUCGAUAAUAUAGUCGCCUUAAACUUAGCCUGUACUCACAUUGUCAGGUCUGACAUGCGUACGAUGUCCUCAACACCUUAUGUAAACUUAGUGAGAUGAGAAUCACUGCCAAAUGCGAUGGUUUAUUGACCGAGUGACGUGGAACGCUCAACAAAACGUUUUUGUCAAAGUGCUUGUCAGAAUGACAAACUAAGGAUCAAAAGGAUUACCAAAACGUCUUAAUAAUCGCCAUAAAAUGAAGGUUACCGUUCACUUAUAUUGAAAGGUUGUUCACAAAGACAGUAUUGAUCAGUUAAUCGUUGGUCAGGAAGAAAGAUUACCCGAAUCUUUASUAGUUUGAAUCCAUGAAUUUGUGCUUGAAAUACUACAGWUUUAUCGUUCAUUUAAUUGUAACUGCUCAACUUGUGCAAGUUUCAAGUUGCGCCACAGGUAUUUUAUUUGAAAAGAGUCAAAGUGAUUCUUCGUGGCAAUGGCUAACAGUUUACAAGUUUCGGUCAGGCACAGGGUGGUCACGUGAGGGAGGAACCGGAAGUUACGUUGUAUGUGACAUUGCAUCAACAAAGACCAAUMACACAGACAGCUGGMUAGUCUCUGACAUCAUCCAAUCAAAUGGAGCCAAAGAGAUCACUAUCAGCCUCACUUUCACGACCAGAGAGUGUCCUCCGAGUUAUCCAUAUUGCGUGACAUAUUUUAAAAUAUUUGCGUUACAAACCGAUGGAACUGAAGGUGACGUCAGUGAACAAACGAUAACCGACCAAAAUUUUACAUUUGUUGGUAACGCAUCAGCCAAAUCGACGUGGACAAGUGCCCAAUCUGUGCAAGAUAAUGUUAUUAACGUCACGCAAGUGCUUUCAAAGAAGAACAUCUAUAUUGCAUUCCAAGACAUCGGCUCGUGUGUUGCCAUUAAAGAAAUUAGCGUCAAAUAUAAGUACUGUCCGUCCGUAGAGUCCAAUGGCGUAACGUUCAAUAAAACGUUUGCACCAGCAUUACAUGACAAGGAAGUUACCGUGACAGGAAGUUGUCUGAGUCACGCUUCUUCGCAGUUAUCUGCUAAAGCGAUACUUGAAGCAAGUUGUUUGUCGAAUGGUGAUUGGAGGAAAGACAAUAGCAUUGUUUGUCUGUGUGACCCGGGGUUCGAAAUGGUUAAUGAGAAAUGUCAAAGGUGUUCAAAUGGAAAACAUAAACCCUCCCUUAGCAACCACGCCUGUACACCAUGUCCAAGUCAUUCAAGCUCAUCGGUAUCACGUGACCAAUGCCCAUGUGAACCUGGGUACUACAGGACAGUUAACGAACUACAGAACGUUUCAUGCUCAGCUCCCCCAAGCGCACCAAGAGAACUGAAAACAACAAUGGCGUCACCUAGCGUUACUAUAGUGAUGUGGUCUCCUCCCAAGAACAAUGGCGGGCGUAAUGACGUCACAUAUGAUGUCUCUUGUAGACAAUGCAGCUCUGGACUUUGCGCUGAUAAAUGUACUGGCGUCACAUUUUGGCCAGCCAAURCGAAUCUUACUGGGACUCACGUGACUAUGUUUGACGUGUCCUCAUUAGUAAGUUACAGUGUKACAGUUCUGGCGAAGAACGGUGUAAGUAAUGUGGCGAGAAUUGGUUAUCAUGCCAAUCAGACUUUGAUGGUUACUAUUCCUGGUCUAACAGUAUCCACUUCUAGAAGCCCAGGAAACACUAGCACUAUUGAUACUACAAGUCCUUCUGAUCCCGCAGUCAGUAGUCAGGUAUCAACAGCCAUUGGUGUCUCUGUUGUCUGUACCUUCAUAUUCUGUCUGAUUAUUGGAUCAUUAGCAGCCGUCUUCAUGAUACAUCGAUAUAAGAAUAAAAUACACUUACAGAAAGGUGAUCUUAGACGAUAUUCCCGACAUCGUAACGAUAGUACAAUGACAAGUAUGACAGAAUUAACGACACCACGACAAGACACUCAAGUCAGCACCCCAUCUACCCUUCACGACAACACAAUCCAAGAAGAUAUCCCAGAAAUCAACAUAGACGACACACCUAAAAUAUCACGUGAUCUUCAGCCAAUGGGCACCAAGCAGGAAGCUUGGACAAAUGGCCUAUUGAGCAACAAGGGUUUUGAUGGAAAAACAAGUAAYUCAGCCUUUAGCAGCUCAGUCUCGAUGAGGAGUUGGUUCCCACAGAACGACGUUCAGUAUGGAAUAUAGAAACAUCCACAAGACUUUGAAAGGGGUUUCACGAGGGCAGAGAGAUUGAAUUCGAACGCGCUCUUCAAAUUUGCCAAAAAACAAUUAAUCAAAUCAACAAGCAUCAGAAGUCCACAAGAUUUCUGCAAACAUGUACUCAAAGUAUAUCUUUAUUUAUAUGAUGAUAAUUCACAAUAAAAACUCCCUAUACAACACU